AUGUCGUCUUCUACAGAAUCUGGUCAGUCCUGUCUACCUGAAGUUCCAAGUCAGCCGUAUCAGCCAAUGUCCGGUUUCGUCUUUCCAAAACGUACAUUCGGUAAGAAAGUAGUCGUCAGACGAUCGUGUCAGUCGCAUUGGUUUGAGAAGUGGAAAUGGCUGCACUAUUCCACUAAGGAUGAUGUCGUCUUCUGCCACGUGUGUGUGGUAGCGUUGCAGUCGAAGAAGAUCAAGUGGCAGAAAGGGGACCCUUCCUUUGUAUCAAAGGGGUUUUCCACCUGGAAGAAAGCCACGGUGGCAUUCAAAUCUCAUGAAUCGUCGUCUUGCCACAGGGAGGCAAUGCAAAUGAUCGUCGAAUUGCCCAAAACUUGCCCAGAUGUAGGUGACAUGCUGUCUAGAGAGCACGCAACUGAGAAGGGACAGAACAGGGAGUGUUUACUCAAGAUCAUCUCCAAUUUGAAGUUUUUAGCCAGACAGGGAUUACCGGUUCGAGGAGAUGGGGAUGAGACUGACUCUAACUUUAUUCAGUUACUGAAGUUACGUGGUCAAGAUGAUCCUCUACUAGAAUGCUGGCUAUCUAGAAAGUCAAGCAAAUAUGUAUCUCAUGACAUGCAAAAUAAGUUCAUAAAAAUUAUGGCAUUGUCUAUUCUUCGAGAAAUAGCUGAAUGUAUCCAGAAGUCUACAUUUUUCUCCAUCAUGUGUGACGAAUGCACAGACUCAUCCAACAGAGAGCAGCUGGUAUUAUGUAUUUGCUGGAUUGAUCAUGGCAAUUUAGAGCCACAAGAAGAUGUCAUUGGUAUAUACCAGAUUGAUGACAUCUCAGCACAUACUACUGUCAGUGUCAUCAGAGAUAUGUUGGUGCGCAUGAACUUCUCACUGUCAAGAUGCCGAGGGCAAUGCUAUGAUGGUGCUGCCAACAUGAAGGGUGGGAAUACAGGUGUUGCAAAGCAGCUAUUGGAUGAAGAACUCCGAGCUCUAUACACCCAUUGCUACCGGCACGCGUUGAACUUGGCUGUUGGGGAUGCUGUAAAACAUUGCAAAGUGAUGAAGGAUGCACUGGACACAACUUAUGAAGUCUCAAAGCUUGUGAAGUACUCUCCAAAAAGGGAUACUGCUUUGAAAAAGUUGAAAGGAAAGUCUUGCACCAGACACCCCUGGUUUCCGCACAUUGUGUCCAACAAGGAGCUUUGGGAGAUGUCCAAAGACUAUGUAUCUGAUCCUGCUAUCAAGGGCCGCAUCAUUGGCGUUCAAUUCCAUGAUAACUUGAGCAAGACCCUACAAUCACCCAAGUUGUCUGCUGCUGAGGGUCAACGGAUAGCUUUGAUGACUGUUGCAACUCUGCACGUGCUCAGAGACGACACACAGUUCGAUCUUUUCUGGAAGAGUCUUCAAGAGACAAGGACUAAAUUAGAUGUUGAUGACCCUGUCCUGCCCAGAAAGAGAAAAGUUCCAAGGCGAUAUGAGGAGGGCAGUGCUGAACCUGAGUUUUUUUAUGUUUGCAAGCAAUUUUAUUGCCAGCAAUAUUACGAAGCACUCGAUUUAAUUGUGAAUGCUAUUCAAACCAGGAAAUGCCUCAACCAUGUCACUUCAUUGUAUCAUGACGAUUUAGAUGCCCAACAACCGCAGCUUCAUCUUGAAAUUUUGCAAGCCUACUUUGGUCUCGUAGACAAGACUUCUGUGACAGUGUGUGACAUUAGGGACUACAUCUUGAGUUUAUCUCCUUACGAAAGGGAUUUGAUGUCGGAAACUGAAUUAUAUGAUUAUGAUGUGGUUGCCGCGUUCAUUAAUAUCAAACCAAAACAGAAGGAUCCUGUCUUUCCUGGAUUCUCUAUGGAUGAGUUGACUCCUUUGCCAAGUCAAAUGGAGGCUCUGCAAAUUUUACUGAAGGUCACGCAAGCACAAGGAUUCAAGGCAUGA